AUGAGGGUGAAUCUGCUAGCAAUGCUCAUUGCUGCUGUAAGCAACAGAAAAGUUUUUUAUAUUAAUUUAAAGGAUGUCAAGUCGGGUGAGGAUUUGCUGAGCCAGCUGUUUGAAAAAGCACACCAUCCUCCAGAAGAUACAGCAAAUGAAGUGUCUGAAGGAUCUGGCACAGUAUCCUCUAUGCAUAUGUCGAAUUUGGCCCAAAAAUCAGAAGAAAAGGCGCCUUCGCCAGCCGCAUCUACAGAACAGAAGGCAGGAGGCCAGAAACAGUCCGGAAACAACGAUGCAGCGAAGAAGAAGCAAGAAGGGGAUAAAGAAGCCAAAAAAUCCCAGGACAAGGCUAAAAAGGAAGAAAGUAAGCAAAAGAAAGAGGAGCAGAAGCAGCAAAAAGAGGAAAAGCAGAAGCAGAAGAAAGAAGAACAAAAGCAGAAGAAGGAGGAGCAAAAACAGAAGAAAGAGGAGCAGAAGCAGCAAAAAGAGGAAAAGCAGAAGCAGAAGAAAGACAGUCAAAAACAAGAGGAGCAGAAGCAGCAAAAAGAGGAAAAACAGAAGCAGAAGAAAGAAGAACAGAAGAAGCAAAAGGAAGAGAAACAAAAAGAAAAGGAGUCGCAAUCUCAAAAGAAAGAUGCAAAUCAAGAGAAACAAAGGGAAAAAGAUAAAAAAAAAGCUGAAAAGGAGGAUUCUAAGAAGAAGGCAGAUACAAAGACAGAAGCCAAGAAGGUGGAUAAGGAAAAACAAGAGCCCAGUACCAUCAGAGAUAAAAAAGACAAAGACAAAACAUCAACACAAGAAAAAACCAGUAGCAGUGAUGAGGCCAAACCCAGCACAAAAAAGCUGCAAGAAGAGAAGUCUGCUAGUGCCGAGUCUGGGCCAUCCUCCAAAGCCAUAGAGUCCAAAAGCAAAGAUGGGAUUUCCAGUACCCAGGCCUCUUCAAAUGCAAGUAUUUCUGGAAGUACUUCAAUGGCUUCAUCUUUAAACAAAUCCUCGUCCAUGGUACCAGUUUCCACUAGUGCUAGUAGCAUGAUGUCUACAAGACUGUCUUCAAGUGCUAUUGCAUCAAGCAGCAUAGGAUAUUCGUCAUCAGUACCUCUGUCAUCCAUCAUGUCCUCAUCUAUAUUUGGGCACUCGUCAUCAGCAUCCUUUGCUCCGUCCUCUGUACUGUCAUCUGCCAUCACAUCAUCAAUAGUAUCACAGAUAUCAUCCAGCAUAUCCUACUCCUCAGUUGCCGAUGUUCUCAAGAAGGCAUCUGAGGUGAAUAAGAUCAAGAGCCUGAGCUCAGUGGAGGUCAACGAUGUCUUAGGGAAAUGCCAGGAGUGUGAGAGGGUAGAUCAGGUGCUUGUUUACAAGGAUGGAGACCAGUACACCGACUAUUCCGGGAAUAUUAAAUUCCAACAAAAAGAUGGUAAGUUGGUUGACAGCUCGGGUCUAUUUGUUGGGAAAGAUUGUGGAUGCUCAAAGGAGGAAAUACCUCAAAUCGGAAAAAUAACUGGGACGGGACUAUAUCAAGACCAAAGCGUUAACAGCAUAAGUUGCCAGAAGCAGGCCAAUGCUAUUGACAAAUUAUAUUCGUCUGCAAGCAACAUGGCACAAAAUUCAGGAAGCAUACCAGGAAAGACACUUUCGGCAGCUUCAUCUCAGAAUUCAAGCGCUGGAGUGGUAUCGAGCAAAUCUUCCGGAACAAAUUCACAAAUUGGAGGCAGCCAGGGGCCUCAGAGCAUGCAGUCAGGGGCUUCAGCAGGAAGUAAACAAGGAUCUCAAAGCGUACAAUCGGGCUCCUCGGCAGGAAGCAAGCAGGGGCCUCAGAGCGUACAAUCGGGUUCUUCACAGAGCAGCCAAAGUGGUUCCGCCCCUCAAGGCUCACCGUCUAGUCCUUCUCAGCAAGGUGGGCAAGCACCCCAGGGAUCAUCUUCUCCUCAAAGUAACGCUCAGGAAAGCCCUGGGAUUUCCACAACUCAGCCUAUAAAGAUCGAGCCUGGAAGCCCUGACUACAUACCUCCCAAGAUAUCUAUAAAAGCAGUUAAAGUUAAAUAUGGAAACUCAUGCGGAGACAGCUCAGGAAUUGCGAUCAGCUCAGCAUUCAUACAAGCACCUCCAGAAAAGGUCACUGUAACAGAGCCAGCAAAGACUGUUACAAAGACAGAAAAGCUUCCACCAGUUACCGUCAUAAAAGAGCUAACUGUUGUAGAGCCUCCUUGCACAAUCGAGAAGGAGAUAUUCAUCACACAAGAGCCUGAAAGUAUAGUCGAGGAAAAGACUGUUACAAAGCCAACCACGGUUGUAGAAUAUAAGACUGUGAAUAUUACGGCCACCAAAACUGUGGUACAAACAAUAGCACCCCCUAAUAAUUCUGAGGAUGGGAAAGUUCCUGUUGCAACAUGCACCCUGACUGAUGACUUUAACGAAAAAAAGCCCAGAGAAGAUGUUACAACGAUUAAUACAACCAUAGUGGUGGAAGAUCCAGAAGAUAUAGAAUGUGAACAAGAAUGUGAAUGCCAAGAGGAUAACUGCGAGAAUCCUUGCGAUAAGAUAAAAUGUGUCUCCAAGGACGAGUUUUGA